CCUGAGGUCUGGUGAUUGGCUACUCUAUGACUCCGCCCACCAUUGACAGCCAAAAAGAAGACCUCGUGAUCCACGCAGAUGAAACACUGACCAUCACAUGCAGGGGUCAGCGUACUCUGUCCUGGGCGUGGCCUGAGACGACCCUGGUGGGAGAGGAUCUGACUGACCGUCAGGCCGGCCCCAGGCCCAGCAGAGCCCCGGAGGGUGAGGCCGAGACUGGAUCCCAAGUUGGUACCCCUGGGCCUAGGGCUGGAGUUGUGGGAGACCACCCCGUGGCCGGGGAGGAGGCUGGUACGCCUGCUUCGAUCCCUGUCCAGAGAAGGGGAGUCGGCCUCCUGGAGUGUCCAGGGGAGCCUGGAAGGCCGUAUUGCAAGACCCUGAUCCUCACUGGAGCUAAAGGGAAUGAUACGGGUUACUACCGCUGCUACUACAGAGACAUCAAGGCUGUCGUCGACGGGACCACGGCUGUUGCUGUAUAUGUGUUUGUCAGAGGGACCUGA